UCACGCUGUCUCCGGCGACAAGAUGAUGAGAUGCGCUCGCGCCCGCACCCUGCAUGCAAAUGCUGUCUCCAACGACAAGAUGGUGAGCCGCGCUCGCACCCCCACCCUUCAUGCAAACCCUGUCUCCGAUGACAAGAUGAUGGACGGGAAAAAUGAGAUGGCGCCGGUCCAGGGGGUGCCGCCCAUGCGGGGAAGCAUCGCGGCUUCAAGCUCGGUUGGUGGGGUUGUGAGUGAAAAUGCGGGGAGCUUGGCAGCAGGGAAAAUGGCACCUAGAGGGGCUCAUGUCUCCAUGAUGAACAACCACAACUUUGAUUUGAAUGAGCUACCGACUGAACAUGAGCAGCUCCGGCAGGAGCAGCCGCCCAAAGAGCAGGAUUAGCCGCCUGUGGCACAACAUGAGCUUUAAUAUUCACAAAUGGCUGGAGCCUGCUCAAAUCCGCAUCUAUGAG